AUGUUUCAAGAUUUCGGUGCUUUCAUUACUGACGGAUACAUCCGCUCAAGCUGGAUUGCCUUUUUAACCUUAUGGGUGCUUUGGGGCUUCGUCUAUGUCAUUCGUCAUGCCUUUGGUGAUCCCUACAACGCCGUUCCCAACGUCAAUGCUACAGGUGCAGCAGCACCUGCCACCGCUGAUGAAGAAGCUGCAGCAGCCAAAUCGGGCCGUUUUGGAUUCUUGAAUCGCUUUGGUGGUGGAGCUCCAGGUGGUAUUGCUAGCCGUGUUUGGGGUGCUCAUCGUCUUUUGCGCGACAACAUCUUGAUGCUCUUGUCCGUGUUGGUGCUCAACACCUACAGCAGAGGCUCAACUCGUGGCGUCUUCAUUUUGAGCUGGAUUUUCUUCGCUUUCACUGUCUUUUUCGUAAUUGUGGAGCUUGUCAUUGGCCAUCGCUUGAUCCGCCUUGGUUAUAGCAUCAUCUUCUAUGCAUUGGCUCUGGCAAUUGCCGGCCUCGCCUUCCAGAUUGGAUGGUAA